CCAUGGGGCCCGUGACUGACGACGAAAUCAUACGGAAGCGUCUCCUAAUUGAUGGAGAUGGCGCUGGAGAUGAUCGGAGAAUUAAUCUGCUAGUGAAAAGUUUCAUUAAAUGGUGCAACUCUGGAUCCCAGGAAGAGGAAUACAGCCAGUACCAACGUAUGCUGAGCACACUGUCCCGAUGUGAAUUUUCAAUGGGCAAAACUUUGCUGGUAUAUGAUAUGAAUCUCAGAGAAAUGAAAAAUUAUGAAAAAACUUACAAAGAAAUAGAACGUAGCAUUGCUGAAGCACAUGAAAAAAUUGCUGAGUGCAAAAAGCAAAUUCUUCAAGCAAAACGAACACGAAAAUAUCACCAAGAAUACGAUGCACUGGCAAAAGUGAUCCACCGUCAUCCAGACAGGCGUGAGACAUUAAAGAAACUAGAGGCUCUGGGAAAAGAAUUAGAGCAUCUUUCACAUAUUAAAGAAAGUGUUGAAGGUAACCUGGAAUGGAAAAGGAAACAGUUUUACGUUCUUCUUAGUAUCCUCUAUGAACUUAAGCAAACACUGGAAAAUGAUGAAAAGCCCUCAAAGGUAGAAGCAGCUCAAGAAACAAGCAUGGAAACUGAUCCUAAACCAUAGACCAACUAACCACUCACCAUUCCCAAGAAUAUUGAAGUAGCAACAUGAUCUUAGUGUGUUCAGAAUUUGUUGUGCUCUUGAGACAUUUAAAGUUUUGGCAGUGAACUACUUUGCUUUUAAAUGUUAAUGCACAGUUCAUUCAUAUUU